CACACCUAGCACUCAGGGACAGCGUGGAUCAGAGCCAUCACACACACACUCGCACGUGCGCACGCACACAUAUGCACUAGCGGAUACGGGCACGGACAGCCUGGCUGAACGUCCGCUAAACAAGCGGGAUAUUAUCUGGUGACACACAAGGACCCCGAAGAUACUAAGAGACAGAUGUCACAUCCCCUCAUUGUCAGAUUUGUUUGGACUGUGACCUAAUUCUGACUACGGGCUGCGCUCGCGCUGGUGAUCCGCUGACGGAGUACUGUGGGCACGCAUCGAGCUCCCAGUCCCCAAACCACUUCCACGGGCUUGUAGCUCACGCCGGACGCUCUGGAUGAUGCUCUGGAGCACUCGUCCUGAACCAGGCAAGAGUGAACCGAGGAACUGAGCAGUGCUGUGGAAUGAAGGCAAGAGCUCUGCGGUCAGACCGAGAAGAGAAAAAGAUCUGGAUUUCGUCUGAGAACUCCAGCCUUAGAGGAGCUUGUCAGAGGUUCCCGUCGGCACGCCCUUGAAGAGGAUGAAAAAAUCGCCCACUCAGAAGUUGAACGGUUCCUGAGCGGAUCCUCACGGACUGGACGCCCACCCAAGGAGAAGUCCCUUUCCGUUUCACUUCCUAGCUACACCUCCGCCCAGUAUCCCUGUCUCCCAAAGCUCCUGAGCCUUACCUCAGCCUUCCAGCAUGUCUCAGGAAGAUGACAAAUCCCGCUGCAACGGGAUCAAGAAGCACAGAACUACCCUGCCAGUGCCAAUGAUAUCCCGGAAUGAUGUCAGCAUCUGGAGCAUCCUUAAAAAGUGCAUCGGGAUGGAGCUGUCCAAGAUCACCAUGCCCGUCGUCUUUAACGAGCCGCUCAGCUUCCUGCAGCGUAUCGCAGAGUACAUGGAGCACACGUAUCUCAUCCACCAAGCAAACAGCUCGUCCGACUCCAUCGAGAGGCUAAAGUGUGUGGCAGCGUUCGCAGUGUCUGCCGUGGCCUCGCAGUGGGAGAGGACGGGAAAACCCUUCAACCCCCUGCUGGGAGAGACAUACGAGCUGAUCAGAGAGGACCUGGCCUUCAGGUGGAUGUCUGAGCAGGUGAGCCACCACCCCCCCGUUAGCGCCUUCCACGCCGAGGGCCUCAGGAACGACUUCGUCUUCCAUGGCUCCAUCUACCCCAAGCUGAAGUUUUGGGGCAAAAGUGUGGAGGCUGAACCUCGAGGGAUCAUUACCCUGGAGUUUCCUAUGCACAAUGAAGCGUAUACCUGGACCAACCCCAUCUGCUGCGUCCACAACGUCAUCGUGGGCCAGCUGUGGAUCGAGCAGUACGGAAACGUGGAGGUGGUCAACCACAAGACCGGGGAGAAAUGCAGCCUCACCUUCAAGCGAUGCGGUCUGUUCGGUAAAGAGCUGCACAAGGUAGAAGGGUACCUGCUGGACAAAAGCAAAAGGAAGCUGUGUGCCCUGUAUGGGAAGUGGACCGAGUGUCUGUACACAGUGGACCCGACCGUGUACGAUGCCCACAAGAAAGCAGACAAGAAGAGUACUGAAGAAAAGAAGGGGGCCAAACCGCACGGUUCGGAUGAAGAGUCCGAGGAGAUGCCCAUUCCGGAGUCGGAGACGGUGCAGGUGAUCCCGGGCAGUGAGCUGCUGUGGAGGAUUACACCCAGACCUGAAAACACCGCGCAGAUGUACGCCUUCUCGACCUUCGCCAUGCAGCUCAAUGAGCUGGAGGAUGGCAUGGAGGGGGUGAUCCCAGCGACGGACUGUCGGCUUCGGCCUGACAUGCGAGCGUUCGAGAAUGGAGACAUAGAUCAGGCCAGCAAGGAGAAGAAGAGGCUGGAGGAAAAGCAGAGGAUGUCGAGGAAGGAGCGUGCCAAGACGGGGGAAGACUGGAAGAGCAGCCCUGCCCUUGGGCCCAGGUGGUUCCAGCAGGCACCCAACCCCCACAAUGGUUCCCGGGACUGGAUCUACUCUGGUGGAUACUGGGACAGGAACUACAGCCAGCUCCCUGAUAUUUAUUAACUUCUCAUUCCCAGGAUAAAGAGAAUUUCCUCGGAAUUUAAACUUGUUUUGUUUUUUUUUUUUUAUAGCUGUUUCAUUUUUUUUUUUUUACAUGGCAUUAAUCUUCUGGGAUUGUUCGCUUCUCAACCGAGAAAUUGCGUUUGUAUUAGGAGUCGUGUUUACGUCAGGAGCACUACAGAGGAACCAGCGGAGUUCCCCGUAGGAUUGCUGUAGUUCACAGAUUCGGUCCAGUUGCAGCAUUGUGUGCAUGAAUUCAUCUCUAACCUGAGGACCGAUCAUCGUGUCUUGUGACAUAUCAAAGGUCUCACUGAAGCAGAACCAGCUCAUGCUCAUUCUCCUGUCGUGACUGAUCUGUAAUUUGUGUACAGCUGUCUGAAAGGAUGGGUUUGCUGCAUCACUUCCACUGUUAGGUAGAGUAGAUGCAGGGUUGAUGUUACAGACAAGCCUCUUUACGUGCUCUCAUUGCAGAAUCCUACUUCAGAAAUAAUGUCACCAAGAAUACUACUUUUGAACAUCUAUUAAUGAUCUCAUUUGGGUCUCAUAAGGGUGUCAUUAAAAAUUAGUCCACUGGUUCUUCCCCAUCUCUGUACAAUAAGCAAACAUUAGAUAUAAUUUGAGAGGGGUGCUUACUUCCACCAUGGUGUUGCAGUUCUUUGUUUACCUCAGAGAGAUUGUGGCGUCCCUUUGUCACUUAUGCAGAACAAACAGCAAUAUUCUGUGAAUUUAGAAAACCCUGCCCCGCCAAUGGGCGGAGAUGUUUUACAAACUGACUCUGGGUUGUUGUGGUUCCUUCAUGCUGCUGUGGUCCCCUUCCACGUUUUUUGUGAACUGUAUCGCGUCUUAAGAAUGUGUGUGGUUAUUUACCGGAUGGACUGAACCGGCCCAUGUUGUCUCAGCCCGACUAAAUCUGGUGGGCAUCACACUGGCCACCUCACUUCCUCUUGCAAAGAGCUGGGAAACGUUGCGGCAGUGCCAGUCAAAGACCCUGGGUGUUCUUCAAUACCGAGAAUGUAAAGAUCAUACUUGUGGUUUUGACAAGUGCAGUCUUGCUAACUUGCCUCCCAAGAAUGAACUUGGGGUGCAAUGAAUCAUGGGACUGUUCUCAUUUGGCAAGACUGCUACUGAUGCAUCCUUGAUGUUUGUGGCGGGGCAAGAACGAGAUCCGAGGAUUUUUACCGUCCUCCAUACUUUUGUUCUAAGCACUGGAACUGGUCUUCGGCAAUGGAAGGUGACAUAAAAUGGGUACAUGAGAACACAAGUAUGGUCAAGUAUGCAUAUUGAGAAGCACCCCAUGUUUCGGCGCUGGCGUGGAGAAAAGAAAGGAGAUGGCACCGGCAUGGGGAGGAGAGAGGAGGUGGUGCCGGCAUUGGGUGGAGAGAGGAGGUGGUGCCGGCAUGGGGAGGAGAGAGGAGGUGGUGCCGGUGGUUUGCUAAGCUGGCACCCCCUCAGAGAUGGCCUCCGUUGUGUGCUGUUUGUGUGAUAGUGCUGUGGAUGUUUCCUUAUGGCUCCGCCUCAGGGAUGACUGGCAAAUUGGAUCGUCCUGUUGACAAUUGUUGUAAUUCCUGUUGACAGGAAUCAGGCUUGAUCAGGUUUGUCUGGCCAAGUUCAGUUAAGUGGUUAUAAUCUGAAAUAACUGGGUCAGUUGUCCACCCAGGCUUGGAGUCCUGGUGUUUAUCACUAACUACUGGUUAACACUCUAGUUGAUAAGUUUGAGUUAUGUCUGCCAUUUGUCUAUUGUAUAUUAGCUUAGGUAAAUUCCAUUAUAAAUAUAUAAAACUAACAGUAGGAACAGGCACAAGCGUGAUCCUGACAGACUAGUUUUUAACUGUUAUGUGCAAUAAGUAUUCCAAGAGAAUUUAUAUUGCUUCAAAAUAAAGAUU